AUGGAGUGGCACGAAAAAUUCAUGAGCGACGUUGCUGAUGACUUCGUCACGCGGCAUCGGUGCUUCCUCAAUGAUGGGCCGACCAGGGAAACAGGUACCGUGCUGAGCCUUGCGUGCGCCCAGUGCCUGGUUGGUGUGCUAGCCAGCGACAGCAACAUCGUGGCCCGCAUCUCGUGCGCCCUUUUCGGCAUGCUUGGCCUCCGGUACUUGGGAAUGGGCUUUGUUGCCGCCUCUUUACUUGCCGGAAGCCUACUGCCGGCCUCGCAUCCGGUGCUGCUGCUCGCCGUGCGCCUCGUCGAACGUGUCGUCGGUGACCUCGAGGCUGACGCACUAGACGCUCAGCGAAGGGGUGACGGCUGGUUUGACUACUCACACGCUGCACCGAGGACAACUCGUGCUCUGAGUACUGACGACCUCUUUGACCAACUGGCUUCCACCGUCGUCUCGCUUCCGGCCAAGAAGGCGUCGACUUCUCGAAGGAAGUUCGGCCGCUUUCAUGACACGACUCCCGACGAAGACACCCUGCUGUCAGGCCAGAGCAUAGCACCCAGGCGUCGCCCUUCGAAGAUGCGAAGGAGUCUAUCGCGCAUGCUCUCUUUCUCCGGGGCUGCCCAAGCCGGACACAAGUCAAGGACGAAGUCGAUCUGCCUGCCUAAGCUACGUCCCGUUGAAGCUCCUCCGGCAUGUAUGAUACCGCACCGAGUUCCGUUUACGCGCCGGCUCACGGCGUAUGAUGUGACUGAGAGACAUGCGGCGGGGCCACGACAGCGGCGAUUAACUCUCGGCACUGCUGCUGCAGCGGCGGAGCCCGGUUCAGUCGUUUCAAGCCGGCACCUCUCCGCCGCCCCGUUGAGCCGGCGCUUGUCGCAAGCGGUGGGCCGUUUUGUAAAGCCAGCACCAGCUCAGGAUGCCGCUAUGUCUACAGCUGCCACUGCUACUGUGGCGGCUGAAGCAACCAUGGAAGCUGGGAAGCCAGAAGGCGACGAGUCAUUUCACCUACAGGUAAUCUCCACUACGGCUGCCCUGAAAAACGAGGAUGCGGGGAAGACGUCACCAAAGCCUGCACUGAAAGACAGUCGACGCAAAUCAAUGGCUGCCAAGAGAGCUUCGCUCGCCGAACCAUCACAUCUUGGUAUCACGAGUAAUAGCGACGAGCCACCACUUUACCCACGACCGCAACCACCUUCAGCGAUCAAGCGGCGCCAGUCUAUCGCUCCGCCGAGGUCGAGCACUCCAGUGACCUCGGUGUCCGACUACAGCACGAGCCACACAGUACCAGCGAUCAAGCGGCUCCGAACGGAUAAGGUCGCCUCCGUUCUACCUCAAGUUCUUGCAGACGCUGCAGCCUCAAUGGAAGCGUCUUCCACUCCUGUCCAUCGGUUGGUUUUACUUGGCUUAACAACAAAUUGGUGACCCAUUCGUAUUGUGAUAGAUAUGUAUGACUUUCACUUGAAACACGCUUUACGAGCCUGA